GUAAGCUAUGGCCAACAUUACAGCAAACAAAUAUUCGAUAUGGACUUAUCAAAGCAGUUCAAAAUUUAUACACGGACGCAAAGACAAGGAUCAAAGUGGGAAACUUAGAGCAAGCUCUCAAAAUGUGGAAGAAAAAAUGUAGUGGCAUGGGAAUCCCUCUUAAUGAUGAAACAACAUUAUACACGCUCUGCUUUGCAGACGAUCAAAUCCUGAUAGCACAAGAUCAAGACGACUUGAACUAUAUGACGAGAAAAUUAGUAGAGGAAUACAAGAAAUGGGGCCUCGAAGUGAACGUUAAAAAGACGGAAUCUAUGUGUAUUGGAGGGACACCACAGAACAUCACAUUAGAGGAUGGAACACAAAUUUCUCAUUGCACCGAAUAUAGAUACCUUGGUAUGAAGCUGACGCAUGAUGGGACACUGGACGCUGCUAUAAAGGACAGGAAUGUUCAAGGGAGAAAGGCGAUAUCCAUGAUGAAUGGCAUCCUGUGGGAUCAAUCAAUAUCCAAAAGCUUAACAUGGACGCCACGAGGCAGAAGGAGAAGAGGUCGACCAAGGAAGAGCUGGAGAGAGGGGAUCGAAAAGGAAAUGGAGGAAAGAGAGCUCCCCGAAAACCUAUGGUUGAAUAGAGAGGAAUGGCGGUUAGGAGUCGGAAAGCGUCGGAGAACGCUCUAAAACCGAUA